CCUCUGUGCCGUGAAGACCAACAUCGGGCACCUGGAGGGAGCCGCUGGCAUGGCUGGACUGCUGAAGGUGAUGUCCAUGUUGCCUAAGCGCCGAGCGGCUCCGAACCUGCACUUCCAGGCCUUGAAUCCCCACUGCGACUUGGAGAACUUCCCAAGCUUCAUCCCAUCCGAAAGCACCAUGGAUCUGGCAGCCUCCGGCGCGUCAUCCUCGGGCUUGUCCUCCUUUGGAUUUGGAGGCACCAACAGCCAUGUGGUGUUGGAAGACAGCAGUGCUCCAGAGGAGGCUGUGGAAGAACUUCCGGUCUUCAAACGACAGUCCUUUGCCUGGCAGCAGAGGCGACAUGCCCUGCUAUCCCGCACACUCAAGACGCCAGAGGGAGUGCAGGUCUUCGCACAGCCCUUCGCUGGAAAGUUGCUCCAACUGGUCAGUCACCACAUUAUCUUCGGUGAAAUUGUGGUACCUGGAGCCACCUACUUGGAGAUGUUACUGGCGGCUGGAGAGUUCCACUUGAACUGCAAAGACAAGCAGUGGAGCAUUCUCAAGGUGGGCUUCACCGCUCCACUGGUGCUGAAACAGGGCGAAGAAGGAAAGCUGGCGCGGGAUGUAGAUCUGUAUCUGGAGCUCUUCCCAGAUCAGCAUUGGUCCAUGAGCAGCUACGACCCCAAGGAAAGAAGGAAGCUGGCGACACACGCUGAAGGCGAUUUGGAUUUGAACUUCCAGGAGCUGCAAUAUCCAUCCAUGGAUCUUGCUGAGGUGCGUCAGAGGUGUGAUGAGGAGGUCAGCAUUGAGCGACUCUAUGUUCCCUUCUCCAAGAUCGGUUUGCCUCUGCAGCCGCGCUUCCGCACGGUGCGCCACAUCUUGCGCGGAGAGAAGGAGGUCUUGGCUCGCAUCGCUGCGCAAGACGAUGGAACCAACAGUGGCUAUUUGUUCAACCCUGCAGUGAUUGAUGGUACUUUCCAGGGCAGCAUGGCCUUCAUGUUGGAACGCCACAGCACAGAGGUGGACGGCUUGAAUUCCCUGCGUAUCCCAUUGAUGGUGCAGAAGGUCACACACUAUGCUCAAGGAUCGCAGACGGACAUCUUCGUCCACCACGAGUUGGUGGAGAUCACAGACAGGGAGAACUGCGUAAAUUCCAAGCUGUGCAAAGAGGAUGGCACAGCGAUGUUGGGCUUCGAAACUUUGAGGUUCCGUGAAGUGCGACCCGAACACAUUGCUAAGAUGCUGCAACAAGCCACAGAUGAUGUGGAGGAAGACAUUCUUCAGGUUGAGUGGAGCAACUUGGAAGGUACACCCGGCUCUAUGAAGGAUGGCGCAGGUGUUCUCUUCAUCGGUGCACCCGCAGAGCUUGCCGCCGCGCUGGCUGACACGUGCCCGAAGGCCAACUUCAUCAGCAGUUCCAGUGGAUUGGAGCUGAAGGGACGGAAGGCGGUGAUACAUUUGGGAGCUCUGGCUCAGGAGGAACCGGAGCUGGCAGUGCUGGAAGAUGCGGUGAUUCUGGCGCAGGCGGACCUGGCGGAUUUUGGGGUGGGCAUGGCGCUCAUUGCGAAAGGUGAGGAUUGCCCGCAGAUGGCCUAUGUCACUUGUGGUACACAGGACCACCCCAGUGGACCUGGGAGCUACCUCCAUGCUGGCCUCUGGGGUCUGGCUCGAACCAUUCGAAUGGAGGAACGGGCCAUGAAACUUCGAUGCCUUGAUUUGGAUUCACCACAUCUUCAGCCUGAAGUGGCAGCCAAGGCCAUGGUUGAAAGCCUUGGCACUCUGCUGGGCAUGGGCGCUGGAGCAGCCGAAAGCGAAUUGGCAAUGCGCGAGGAGCAGUUCAAGGUGUCCCGGCUCUCUCGCAGCCCAGUGCAAGUGCGAAAGCCGAUGAGACUGCAGAUGUCCUCGCGCGGCAGCCUGUCCAACCUGCGGCCUGUGCCACAAGCGGUGCGACCUCAGCCCGGACCUGAACAGGUGGAGCUGCGAAUUCGUGCCAUUGGAUUGAACUUCCGUGAUGUGCUGAACGUCAUGGGCAUGUACCCUGGCGACCCGGGCAACCCGGGUGGUGACUGCUCAGGCACUGUCUGCUCCGUGGGCGGCGGGGAGAAGGAGGCGGCCCAGCUGCGGCCGGGCCACGAUGUCUUUGGUAUCGCCUGGGGCUGCCUCCAGACCUACGCCGUGACCGAAGCGUUGCUGCUGGCGCCCAAGCCGCCUUCCUGGUCCUUCGAGCAGAUGGCCGCCUGGUCCGUGACCUUCGCCACCACCGAGGAGGCCUUCCAAGAGCUGGCGCCCUUGAAGCAGGGCGAGCGCGUGCUGAUCCACGCAGCCACUGGCGGGGUCGGUCUGGUCGCAGUGCAGUUCGCCCAGCGCGUUGGCGCCACCAUUUUUGCCACUGCCGGCAGCCCGGGCAAGGUGCAGCACCUGCGAGACAUGGGAGUGAAGUACAUCACCAGCAGCCGCGAUGCCAAGGCCUUCGACGAAGAUAUGAAACGCUUCAUGAAGGAAGACGGCGCAGAUGCUGAGGGUGGCAUCGAUGUGGUGCUGAACAGUCUCAGCCACGAUGACUACAUCCCCAAGUCCUUGGGUUUCCUGAAGAAAGGCGGCAGAUUUAUGGAGAUUGGCAAGCGCUUGAUUUGGAGCCACGAGCAGAUGCGACAAGAACGUCCUGAUGUGCAGUACGAGAAAAUCGCCAUGGAUUGGGUCAUGGAAUAUCAACCCGAACGUUACAAUGUGCUGAUGCGAAGGCUGGUGUCCCAGAUUGAGAAAGGCUGGUGGAAGGAAGUGCCUCUGACCUGCUACUCGGCCAACAUGGUGGCUUCACAGGUUGGCUAUGAGGGCUUGAGCUCGGGCAUCGAUGCCAUGCGCUACCUCCAGCGAGCCCAACAGAUUGGUAAGGUGGUGCUGACGCAGCCCUCGCGCAUGCAGCUGGUGAACGAUGGCCGCUACGUGCUGAGCGGUGGCGUUGGCGCCUUGGGUCUGGUGACUACCAAGAUGUUGGCCGAAGAGGGUGCCAAGUCGGUGGUUUUGCUGUCCCGGCGCGGCGUCGUUGGAGACGACCUCAAGAGCAUGUGGGAAAAGUUGCAGGACUUUGAUUUGGAAUUCCAGGUGAAAGCCUGCGAUGUGGCCAGCCUCAGCGAUGUGCAGGAGAUGGCCAUGAGCUUGGAUUCCUCCAAAAAGAUGCCGGUGAAGGGUCUGAUUCACCUGGCGGCCGUCCUGGAUGACGCCACCCUGCCCAAACUCACACGGAGGCAUUUGGAGAAAGCCUACGGUGCGAAGGUCUUUGGUGCGCGCCAUUUGAGGCUUUGCCUGCAGAGGUCUGGUGCAUUGGAUUUCUCGGUGCUCUUCUCAUCCACCUCGGCUCUCCUGGGUUGCCUGGUGGAGUGUUGGGACGUUGGUGGCAGCUCACCUGGCCAGGGCAAUUACUCCGCUGCCAACAUGGCACUGGAUGCCCACGCGCGCUACUGGAAGGCGUUGGGCGAGACGGUGGUUGCGGUGCAGUGGGGCCCCUGGCGUGAAGUGGGCAUGGCGGCCACCAAGGGUACUGUUCAGCGCUUGAAAUCGCAAGGUUUGGGAUCCAUCGGCAACACUGUGGGCAUGGCUGCCUUGGCUGGCUCCCUGGGUUCCAGCGUGCCGGUGGUGGCAGCAUGCCCAGUGCACUGGAGUCAGUACUUGAAGCAGUUUGGCAAAGCAGUGCCAACCUUCUAUUCUCGCUUCCGCCGCGAAGCCGCCUCCGGCGCCCCUGCGCCCGCGGCCGGAAAGGGCCGUGCGCUGGCGCCAGCCAGGGCGGCGGUCAAUGCGGAGCAGGUGCAGUCGAUGAUUUUGGCUGUGGCCGGCGAGGUGACUGGCAGUGUGGUGGCAGCGCAGGAGCCGCUGAUGGAAGCUGGCAUGGAUUCCCUCUCGGCCGUGGAGUUCCGCAAUCGCCUCUCCAAUGAGUUGCCGGGGAUCAAGUUGCCGAACACCUUGAUCUUUGACUAUCCCACCGUCAGCGCCAUCAGUAUGUUUGCAGCAUCACAGCUCUCCUCAAUGGCAGGGGAUGUGGUAGCACAAGCCCCCGGCAUCAGCGUGGCAGAGGUCGAGGCCUUGGUACUCAGCGUGGCAGGAGAAGUUACCGGCCACACCGUGGAUGCGCAGGAGCCCCUGAUGGAUUCCGGCCUGGACUCGCUGGCUGCGGUGGAGUUCCGCAAUCGCCUCUCCAAUGAAUUGCAAGGCGUGAAGUUGCCCAACACGCUAAUCUUCGACUACCCCACCGUCAGCGCCAUCAGCGCCUUUGCUGCGGCGCAAGUGGGAGCCACUACGGCGCAGGGCGCGGGACUGGCAGGCCUCCCACAAGCAACGGCAGGGCAGGCCGCAGGCAUUUCGGGCUUGGCCUCGAGCCUACCGGGCCGCCGUGACGAUGGCUUUUGGGAAGACUUGCUGGAGAAGAAGGAUUCCGUGGUGGAGAUCCCCUUCACUCGUUGGGACCUGGACAUGUACUACAGUUCGGACCCGGACGCGCCUGGGAAGACCUACGCCAAGCACGGCGGCUUCAUCGAGGGCGCGGAGCUCUUCGACCCCUCCUGCUUCGGGCUGUCGCCCGCCGAGGCGGCCAGCAUCGAUCCGCAGCAGCGGCUGCUGUUGGAAGCCGCUCAUACGGCGUUCACUGCAGCAGGCCGCGACAGGGAUCAGCUCAUGGGCGCCGAUGUGGGUGUCUCUGUGGGUCAAUGUCAGUACGACUGGUUUGUGAUGAUCAGCGUUGGCGACAAAUUCAAUCCGUAUACCGGUACUGGCAUCGCCGCUUCCAUCAGCUCCAACCGUACCUCCUACAUCUUCGGUACCAAGGGCCCAAGCCUGACGUGUGACACGGCUUGCUCCUCCUCCUUGGUAGCUGCUGAUGCUGCGCUGUCGUCCCUGCGCCGUGGAACGUCUGAAGCAGCGACCUGGUGGCAGAGGGAGUUGUGCGAGGUUCUGACGGCAGGAACGAAUUUGAUCCUGGGCACUGGACCGUACAUCAGUUUCAGCAAAGCCAAAAUGCUCUCGGAGGAUGGUCGCUGCUUCACCUUUGACGCCUCGGCCAAUGGUUAUGCCCGUGGUGAGGGCGUGGGAGCUGCCUUCCUCUCCUUUGCUGAUGUGGAAGACUUGGCUCGUGCCAUGCUCUGCGGCUCUGCGGCCAACCAGGACGGCCGCAGCGCAUCGCUGACCGCGCCCAACGGGCCCUCGCAGCAGGCGGUGAUUCGCCGGGCGUUGCAGGAGGGCGCCGUGGAGCCCAAGGACGUGGGGCUCAUCGAGUGCCACGGCACCGGAACGGCCCUGGGAGAUCCUAUUGAGGUGGAUGCGCUGAAGGGCGUGCUGGGAGAGACUGGAUCCAGUGUGGUGCUGGGAGCGGCAAAGACCAACAUUGCACACCUGGAAGGUUCGGCGGGCAUUGCAGGCUUCUUGAAGAGCGUGCACAUGUUGGAGAAGAGGCAAGCACCGCCCAACUUGCAUUUCCAGAGUUUGAAUCCUCACAUCGACAUGGAGGACUUCCCUGCUGUGAUCCCUACUGAGCUUCAUGAGCUUCCGGCAGGGACGCUGGCAUCAGGCCUCUCCUCCUUCGGCUUUGGUGGCACCAACGCACACCUCACCUUCGCAGCCAAGCGCACGGCAACCCCUGAGCCCCCUGCGGAAACGGGGGCCAUCGCCUUCAGGCAUGCUUCUUUCCCCUGGAGAGAGACGGCAUACCGCUGCCUGCGGCGCAAGAUCAUGGAGGGAAGGGACACCCACUUUGAAUGCACCAUCAAGUCAGAUCUCUUCAAGGUUUGCGCAGAGCACGUGGCCUUCGGGGAGAUCGUGGUUCCAGGCGUGGUCUAUGUGGAGCAUGCCAUGGAAGCUGUGAAGACCAUCGUUGGAAAGGAAGGAUAUCUGAAAGACUUGGCUAUGACGUGGCCUUUGGUGAUCCCGAAGAACGCGGAUGAGCCAACGGCCACCACGGUGUUCCUGAGAUUUUGCCAGCAGGGCGCUCAGCAGUGGUGGCGUCUCAUUCGUGGGGUGAGCACCAGGGGAUGCUCUGAAAAUGAUGAGAUUCAAUACUUACCCUCUGGUAAACCAUCAGUUUGCGACAUAGAAAAUGGCCAUAGAAAUAGUUGA